AUGGCGGGUAAGAAGGGAAAGACUCCCAAGAAAUCCGUAGGUGGCGGUAAGAAGCCUGAGGUGGUGCAGGAUGAGCGCUUGCAAGCUAUUGUGCUGACAGACUCGUUCGAAACGCGCUUUAUGCCGUUGACCGCUGUCAAACCCCGGUGCUUGCUCCCCCUCGCUAAUGUUCCGCUCAUUGAGUAUACACUAGAGUUUCUCGCAAAGGCUGGCGCUAGCGAAGUGUACCUAGUCUGUGCCUCGCAUGCAGAUCAGGUGAGUGCAUACAUUGAGACCUCGAAAUGGAAUAUGCCGUGGUCCCCAUUUCGUGUGUCUACUAUCAUGUCCCUAGAGUCGCGCUCCGUGGGUGACGCUAUGCGUGAUUUGGACAACCGAGGCGUAAUCACCGGCGACUUCAUCUUAGUCAGUGGUGACUUAGUUACCAACAUGGAAUUUGACAAAGCGCUCGAAUUUCACCGCAAGAAGAAGGCCGAAGACAAGGACCACAUUGUUACCAUGUGUCUCAGCAAGGCCAGCCAAUUCUACAGAACGCGGUGCCACGAACCUGCCGCCUUUAUACUCGACAAGUCGAACAACCGCUGCCUCUACUAUCAAGAUAUACCACUUGCAAGCUCUAAACACAAGACUUCGCUUGCGAUUGACCCAGAACUACUGGAAGACGUUGAUGAAUUUACUUUGCGUAAUGAUCUGAUCGACUGUCACGUCGAUAUCUGCUCGCCCCUUGUGCCAGCCAUUUUCCAGGAGAAUUUCGAUUAUCAGUACUUGAGAAGAGACUUCGUGAAAGGUGUGCUCACCAGCGACUUGCUUAAGAAGAGCAUAUACUCCUUCAUCACUGACGAGUAUGCGGCUCGUGUGGAAAGCUGGCAGACGUACGACGCUAUUUCCCAGGACUUCAUUGCAAGGUGGUGUUACCCAAUGGUUUUGAAUACAAAUCUGUUGGAUGAUCAGACGUACUCCUACGAAUCAGAACACAUUUAUAAAGAAAAAGACGUGGUCUUGGCACAAUCUUGCAAAAUCGGCAAGCGCACUGCAAUUGGGUCUGGCUCUAAAAUUGGCGAGGGCACCAAGAUUCAAAAUUCCGUCAUCGGCAGAAACUGCUACAUUGGCGAGAACAUUAUUAUAAGGGAUAGUUUCAUUUGGGAUAACACAGUAAUUGGCGCCAAAUCCCUGAUAGAGCACUCACUAGUUGCAUCAGGUGUCAAAAUUGGAUCUAACGUGAUCUUGAAUGACGGCUGUGUUAUCGGUUUCAACGUUAUGGUAGAUGACAACAUGGAAAUUCCAAUGGGUACUAGAAUAUCAGAGACACCUGUUCGGAAGAAGGCCACUCAAUUUUCCGAUAGCGCCUCCUACGAAGAUGACGAGACUGCUAAACAAGAUGAAAGUACCAAGGUCAUUUCCCCUGCAUACGAGCUGGUGGGCACAGACGGUGUCGGUUAUGUUUACGACAGUGACAAGGCCGAGGACGAUGAUGAUGCCAGCGUCAUUGAUGUGGUAACGAACUCUUUGACAUACAAGUUUGAUGACUUGUAUUUGAGUGACGACUCCAUUUCGUCUACAGCUGGAAAGCGCAAGAAGAAGAGGUCAAUGUCUACAAACAGUAUCUAUACCGACCGCGAGGGAGAUGACUACGAGGAUGACGAAGAAGACGAAGAAGACUUCGCAGUUGAAGCCAUCGCCACUGUAGAAAGAGCUAUGGAAAACAACCACGACCUGGACACCGCGCUGCUGGAGUUGAACACAUUAAGAAUGAGUAUUAACGUCAGCUACCACGAAGUGAGGUCUGCCACUGUUGUUGCAUUAUUAAGAAGGGUAUACCAUUUCAUUGCCACGCAAACUCUGGGCGCAAAAGACGCCGUUCAGAAGGUUUUCAGCCAAUGGGGUAUGAUGUUUCAACGCCAAGCUUUUGACCAAGAGGAAUUUGUGGACUUGUCCAACUUACUGCUAGAGAAGGUUGUGGCGCAAGGGUUUGAGAAGCCUGAAUUCAUUCUUUUCAGCGCACUGACAUGCCUUUACGAUUUGGAUAUCCUAGACGAAGACGCGGUCUACACUUGGUGGGAUCAGGUCUCGCAAGAGGAGAAGUAUAGCCAGGCGAAGACUUUGACUGCGAAAUGGAUUGAGUGGUUGAAGACGGCAGAUGAGGAAUCCUCGGAAGAGGAAUCCGAAGAAAGCGAGAGCGAGUGA